AUGUCAACUUUCCCCAACACCGUGUCGGAAGGCCGGAGGUUUGGCAAGGCACCGGAAAAAUCCUCUUUUUCUCAGACUUGCACUCUCUUGAGCCAGUUCUUGAAGGAGAAACGAGCUUCUGGAGAUUCCACCCUUGGCAUGGGUGGGAAAAUGGAACCUAAAGCGAGUACAAAGGAUAUGUUAGGCAGCCUGCAAAACUCAGAUGGGGCUUUGAAACUAAGCGCUUCUGCCAUGGAUUUUCUUCCCCAGCUUGUGGAAAACCCCUGCAUUAAGAAGUCUAAUCUUAGAUCAUCGGUUCCUGAAUCUCCUCAAAUGACAAUAUUCUAUGCUGGAAAAAUGUUGGUAUUUGAUGCUUUUCCUCCGGAGAAGGCAACUGAGGUUAUGGAGUUGGCCACCAAACUGGCAUCAGACACUUCCGGUGCCGCCGAAGAAACUCCCCCUAAUGAUCCGGUUACUACUGAAAAAUUGGCUGUGGCCGAAGUGCCUCAAACAAUUACUUCAGAAACCCCUAAGCCAGGAAGCCAAGGGGUUGGUUCAGAUAUGAGGUAUCCAAGAAGAGCUUCACUUCUAAAAUUUCUCGAGAAAAGAAAAGAAAGGGUUAAUGCCAGAGGGCCUUACCAAAUGAACAAUCACAAACCAGAAGGAAGCAGUUCGGGGGUUGAACCUGAAGAUCAGUGUUCUAAACAGUUUGACCUUAACUUGUAG